AAAAAAAACACGAAGAACCACGAGAGCAUGACAUUCAACAUAACAGGUACAACAACUGACAAAGGACUACUGAAACACUGGGGUUUCAAUAUGGGGGAUCUAACAAGGAAAGAAGACACAUUUGGGAAACCGAUCAAGGGGAACCAAUGAACAAAAGAACUACAAAGUACAACACAGGAAGGAACAAAAUACACCAAAUUGGGUGGGACGUUUGGCAGGGAAACUCCUCUUUCAUUGAACCAAGGAGUAGGAUUCUCUACAGGACCAACAGCUGACAAACCAUCAUAAUUCAAGGUCAUCAUGAGUGCUGUUGUGUCCGGUCUUUCCAAACAGCAGGAGAAGAAGCUGCGCUCGAUGUUUUGUCAAAGCAAGCUGAGUCUGCUGUUUAAAGCCAGUGUGCAUGGGUACAGUGCGGAUUCAUUUCAUCAAAAGUGUGACAGGCAGGGACCCACUGUCGUUGUGGCUUACAAUAACUCGGGGUAUGUUUUUGGAGCGUUCACAAGUAGCGAUUAUGCUCAGACAGGGAAAGAUAUAGUGGACGACAAAGCCUUCCUGUUCAGCUUCAAUUGUAACGUGAAUAAUAAUGACCCCCUGCGUGUGGUCAGUGGAAAUCCCCAGUGCGCUUUCAAUGAUGGAAAUACAGGUCCAAAUUUUGGAUCUUUGGCGUUUCUUCAUAACAACACAGCCACUGUAAACAGUAAUCCCGGAAUAUACCAGUUUGAUCCACAGCAGAUGCAUGGCAAUAAUUUAGAGCUGACUGAGUUAGAGGUGUACAGAGUUGAAGACUUUGGAGGGCUCAUGGAUAAACCGUGGAGAAGAUUCCUGUGGAACUUUGAGCGUAGAGAGGAGAUCUUGUGCUCUGUUUCUGAGUGGAAGCCCUCUUUGAAAUCGGUAAAACAGGCCCGGAUUCUGCUGGUGGGUCCUGUUGGCGCUGGGAAAUCAAGCUUCUUCAACUCCAUCAACUCUGUGUUUAAAGGUUACGUGAGCACCCAGGCCAACACCGGCACUGCUGGCUCCAGUCUCACUACUCAGUUUCGUACCUACUGCAUAAAGCCAAGCAGCGGCGUGAGCCAUAUUCCAUUCACACUGUGUGACACGAUGGGUCUGGAGGAGGGUCUGAACGCCGGGCUGGAUGUGGAUGAUUUUUACAAUAUUCUGAAGGGUCACAUUGCAGAUCGGUAUCAGUUUAACUCCUCGAUGCCGAUCCAGUCAGGCACGCCUUGCUUCAUCAACUCUCCAGGCUUGAAGGAGAAGAUCCACUGUGUGGCAUAUGUGAUUGACACCUGCAAAGUCAAGCUUCUCUCUGACAAAAUGAUUGACAAGUUCGCCGCUUUUCGAAGGAAAACCAACCAGCUAAGUGUUCCUCAACUGGUCCUGAUGACCAAGGUGGAUGAAGCCUGCCCCUUAGUAGCGGAAGACGUGAAGAACGUCUAUCAGAGUCAUUACAUCAACCGGAUGAUGGAGGAGGUGAGCGCUCGGCUUGGCGUUUCUCUUUCUGCUGUGGUCCCAAUAAAGAACUACAGCAAAGAACUGGACAUAGACCCACAAACUGACAUCCUGCUUCUGAACGCUGUUAUACAGAUGCUCAGAGCGGCGGAGGGAUACUUCGAUGAUCUUUACAAUGUGGAGGAGUCUGCUUAGAUCACCAGGAUCUCCGUUUUAUCAAUACAGCGUUUAAAAGUGUGUUUACGCUUCACACGUGCUCAUAUUUAGGCGGUUUGUAGUAUAAGGCAGGUACAUUUAUAUGCACGUUUAAUAGCUUUCGCUUUGUUCGUGUGUUCUCUUUUGCUCUGAAUUGGUUAACAAGGCAAGCAGAUUUCGUUCAAAUUUUCAAAGCUUUAUUUUUGUAAACUCGGUUCCUUUAAUUGGAGUAAAAUUGUCAUCGUUUAAAAAAAGAUCAGUGUAUUCUCAAAAUAGUUGACCUUACUUCAUAAAGUUAUUUGUUAUGGAAAAUAAAAGAAAUACAUUCACAAUCGA